AUGGUGAAGCGGCGCUUGCAGCAGAGGAGAAGUCCGAGUCAGGCAAGCGAAAAUAAGGUUGUGAUUUUUUUCGUCCCGACAUGUUUUCUCGUACAACAGCAGGCUGUCGCACUUCGAUCCUGGCUUACUUCUCCUGAUGUCCUCCAGAAUCGUCCGAAUCAUCUUACAGUCGCGGAAUACAACGGAAGUGUGGCAUUUCCGAGCGAGAAGGGCUUCGACGUCCUCGUAACGACCCCGCAGGCAUUCCGCACAAUGCAGCGGCGCAAACCGGACACGCUGGGCUGGUCAAAAGUGUCUCUCGUAAUUUUUGAUGAGGUACACCACGUACUGAAAGACCACCCCUAUCGGAAGAUCGCACUGUCCAUCAAAAAUUUGCAUCUUCUUGGUGAAG